GGAGUGAGGGCGACUAGCGGCAGCCGCCCCUCCCCGGCCCGGCGAGCACCUUGGUACAGUCCGCUGACGCCACUUCCGGGUGUGCGGGGAACACGUGUGCGGGUCUUAGUGAUCCGGGAAGAGGGGCCAGGAGGACCCGGGACCGAGGCAGUGUAUACCGCCCGACUGACAGCAGCCAUGGCCCAGAAGAAGCGCAAGGGAUCCCGGACGCGAAGACCGCGGCAGGAGCAAGCGGGCGAUGAUAGCGACACCGGGGAGUUUGAUGUCAGCGCUGGGGUACCGGAGCAGGAUGAAGUGCAUCUGCCAUCAUUUCCAACUGCUGAUGCGGGCUCAGACACAGAACUGGACACCAGACAGCUGGUCCGAGCACAGAACAAGAAGAAAAAGAAGUCUGGAGGCUUUCAGUCAAUGGGUCUUAGUUAUCCUGUUUAUAAAGGAGUGAUGAAGAAAGGUUACAAAGUACCAACACCCAUUCAGAGAAAGGUAAUCCCUGUCAUUCUGGAUGGCAAAGAUGUGGUAGCUAUGGCUAGAACUGGCAGCGGUAAGACUGCUUGUUUCCUCAUCCCCAUGUUUGAAAAGCUGAAGGCUCACAGUGCCCAGACUGGAGCUCGUGGGCUCAUUUUGUCACCUACCAGAGAACUUUCCCUGCAGACACUGAAAUUCACUAAAGAGCUUGGAAAGUUUACUGGUUUGAAGACUGCUUUAAUCUUGGGUGGAGACAGGAUGGAAGAUCAAUUUGCUGCUCUGCAUGAAAACCCUGAUAUAAUCAUUGCCACCCCUGGCCGUCUGAUGCACGUGGCAGUGGAAAUGAACCUUAAGCUGCGUAGUGUUGAAUAUGUCGUUUUUGACGAAGCUGACAGGCUGUUUGAGAUGGGCUUCGCCGAGCAGCUGCAGGAAAUUAUUGCUCGUCUUCCAGAAACUCGUCAGACCUUACUUUUCUCCGCCACCCUUCCCAAGAUGCUGUUGGAAUUUGCUCGCGCUGGUCUUACUGAGCCUGUACUCGUCCGUUUAGAUGUUGACUCAAAGCUGAGUGAUCAGUUGAAGCUAUCGUUUUUCCACGUGCGGGCAGAAGAUAAACCUGCUGUGCUCCUCCAUCUCCUGCGCUGCAUUGCGAAGCCUCAGGAACAAACUGUCAUCUUUGUGGCCACCAAACACCAUGCAGAAUAUCUAAAAGAGUUACUGGACAUGCAGGGUGUACCAUGUGCUCACAUAUACAGUUCUCUGGAUCAAACCGCUCGGAAAAUAAACCUGGGCCUGUUUCUACAUGGAAAAGUUUGUGCGCUUCUGGUCACUGAUGUUGCUGCCCGUGGUAUUGACAUACCUAUGUUGGACAAUGUCAUCAACUAUAGCUUCCCUCCCAAAGCCAAGCUUUUUCUGCAUCGUGUAGGUCGAGUGGCAAGAGCUGGUCGGAGUGGCACAGCUUAUUCUCUUGUAGCUCCAGAUGAAAUACCCUAUGUGUAUGAUCUUCACUUGUUUCUUGGGAGGCCACUGAAGCUGGCAGGAGAUCCACAGACAAGUACAGAUCCAGAAACAGAUGGAGUCCUGGGACGUGUACCACAGAGUUUGAUUGAUGAUGAAGAUGCUUUGCUGAUCACAGACCGCGAGAGAUCCCUGGAGCUGCAAAACCUGCACCAAGUGGCUGAGAAUGCUUACAAACAGUACUGCAAAUCAAGACCAGCACCGGCGCCUGAGUCCAUAAAACGAGUUAGAGAUACCAAUUAUAACCUUCUGGGAGUCCACCCUCUCUUCUGGUUUCGUCUUGGUGGAGAGGAAAUGCAGAGGCUGAAGUUUGUGGACAGUAUUAAAUCUUACAAAUCUAAAGCGACCAUAUUUGAAAUUAAUGCCACUAACAAGACCCCUGCAAGUGAAGUCAUGCGAGCCAAACGGAAUCGUGAUUGUAAUCUCAUUACAAAGUUCCAGCGGUUGCAGGACGACAAAGCGAGUAGUUUGGUUCAGUCUAGUGCAAGAUCCAAUCUCCCGUCCUGCCAAGACGAAGCAGAAGAAAGCAUAGAGGGAGUCUUCUCACAAGUACUGGGAAAGAGGAAGAGGACAGACGCAGACAAGGCCGAAUUCAGGAAGAAGACAGGGUCUGCUCAGGAUCCGGAAUUUUAUAUCCCAUACAGACCAAAGGACUUUGACAGUGAAAGGGGGCUGAGCGUUGCAGGCAGUAGUUUUGAGCAGGCAGCAGCAGGGGCAGUGCUGGACCUGCUGGGAGACCAGAAUGAGGAUCUCUCCAAGACUAAGCACGUCAUGAAAUGGGAUCGUAAGAAAAAGAAGUUUGUUGGAGCAGGAGGACAUCAGGAUAAGAAGAAAAUAAGGACCGAGAGUGGACGACUCAUUAGCAGCUCCUAUAAGAAAAAUAUAUAUGAGGACUGGAAGAAAAAAUAUAAAAUUGAUGAUCAGGACUCUGAAGAAGAGGAAGAAAGUCAGCCAGGAAGGCCAAACAGGAAAGGGAGAGGUGGACGCAGCGGCUCUCGGGGAACACCUCGCCCUGAAACCACUGGACCCGCCCGCAAGCCCCGCUCUGAGCUGCGCAGCAAGCAGCAGAUCCUUAAACAGAGGAAAGCUAAGGAAAAACAGCUCUUUUUACAGAAAGGUGGUUUAAAGAAACUUAAGACCAAAACAAGGCAGAGGGUGCAUGAGAUGAAGAAAUCUGCUUUCGGCAGGGGUAAGAGCAGUGGAUUUAAGAAAGGGAAGAUGAAGAAAAGAUCUUGAGUGAUAUCGGCCAGUGGAUAACCCGCUGUGGCAUUUAUCACAAUUGCACCAGCUCACUCCAGAAUGGAUGUCUUGCUGUAUACGGGAGAAUUCGGUGCUCUGUACUGUCAUUAUCCAUUAACUGUUCAGCAUCUACAAUUAUGUGCUGCAGUAGAAGCAGAUAUAAUGGCCAGGUAUCUUGAACAAGAAUGGAGUAUUAUUUCACCUUCACUCAUGCAAUAAAUGCAAAGGUAUGGUGAUUGCAGAAAGCUGUGACUUGCAGAAAAGCUCCCUUUAGUUGUUUUUUUGCUGUGCCUUUACAAGGUGGGAGCUGCUCCUUGAGACCUUGUUCUACAGAUACUGCUGCCACUGAACUUUGGGGCACAUGAUAUGAAUGACAAGAGACUGUAUUAAAAUGCAGAGAUCACUAUUUUGAUGAUGUAUAUAAACUUUAUUAAAUACAUUUCUUCAAUUUA